AAAUGAUCAAAAUUAUCUAAAUAAUAUAAGAUAAGAUAGUUUACAAACAACUUUUUGCGGGAAAAAAAGCAUAAAAAACAUUUUAUGGCUAAAUUAAUGCUGAAUUAUUUUCACCGUAGUGUUCCCAGUGAGGCGUUCAGAUAAGGUUAUGGAUUCGAACCUUCCUUGUUUUCUCCUCUUCAUCCUGAUUGGCUGCGUCACAUGCUCUCCCGAUAACCAUCAUCAUCAUCACAACGCCACGCGCCGCUAUGAUUACUGUGUGCUCGGAGCCGGGCCUGCAGGGCUGCAGAUGGGAUACUUCCUCUCCAAGGCCAAAAGAGACUACAUCAUCCUGGAGAGGAACUCAGGGCCGGGCAGCUUCUUUAACAAGUACCCGAGGCACAGGAAGCUCAUCAGCAUCAAUAAGAUCCACACGGGACGGCAGAACCGAGAGUUCAACCUGCGCCACGACUGGAACUCGCUGCUGAGCGAUAAACCCGACCUCCUGUUCAAGAGGGUGAGCAGCGAGUUCUACCCGCCGGCCGACGCCUUCCCGCUCUACCUGUCCAUGUUCGUGAAGGAGCUCGGGCUGAGGGUCCGGUAUGGCGUGGACGUCGGGAGGAUCCGGGCGGUGCAGUCAGCCACCGACAGGAGCUACAUCCUGACUGAUCAACAUGCGACGGACUUCACGUGCAGCGUCCUGCUGGCAGCCACAGGUUUGUGGGUUCCUCAGAAGGUCGAGUUUUUGGGUUCUGACCUGGUCGAAGGCUACGAGUCCAUCUCCACUGAUCCUGAGGACUACAGGAACCAGGCCGUGCUGAUUCUGGGCAAAGGGAACUCGGCUUUUGAAACGGCCCAGAGCAUCCUGGGAAGAGCCAGUCGGGUGCACAUGCUCAGUUCCAGCCCUGUUCGACUCGCCUGGCAAACUCAUUAUGUGGGAGAUCUCAGGGCCGUAAAUAACGAGCUAUUAGACACAUAUCAGCUGAAGUCCCUCGAUGGGUUGGUGGAGGCGAGCUUGGACAAAAUAGUUAUCGCUCAGCGAAAGGAGGAAAGCAGAACAAGAUCGAGCGCAAAGAAGAAAGAGAAGAAGCGUCAGAUGUACCUGACGUUAAAGAAGUACGUGCAAGAGAAGAACAGCUCCGAUGUGACCGGAGACGAGCUGCCCGGGUAUUACUUCGACAACUUCUCUGUGCGAAAACCCUACGACCGCGUGAUUCGAUGCCUCGGCUUCAGAUUCAACUUCAGCAUAUUUGACAGCUCUGCGUGCCCUCCGAACAGCGACAAUGCCAAAGGGAGGUUGCCGGGGGUGACAGCGUGGUAUGAAGGGAAGAACACGCCCGGUUUGUUUGUUCUGGGGACCGCCGCUCACUCCAGAGACUACCGCUUAUCUGCUGGCGGCUUCAUCCAUGGAUUCCGGUACACAGCCCGUGCUGUACAUCGUGUGCUCGAGCAGCGUUACCAUGGCAACCAGUGGCCAUCGACGACGCUAUUGACAACGCAGCUGCAGUCCUGGAUUCUGAAGCGGGUCAACGAGGCCUCCGGGACGUACCAAAUGUUUGAGGUUCUGGGGGACGUCAUACUUCUUAAAGGCUCUCACUGUGAAUACGUGGAGGAGUUUACCCUCCAGGCUCUGCCUCAGUUCUCCUCUCUGUCGGGUCACGAGGUCUCCCACCACGGACUCAUAGUUCUGGUCAUGCAGUACGGGAAGGAGAAGAUUGACUUCCUUGGUCGGGGCAGAGCAGAAACAGACUGGACCAAAGCUUGGAAAUCCAACUUUCUGCACCCUGUUUUAUAUUACUAUGACACACUUCCCACUGAGGAAGAAAUGAAGCUCCGUCCGAAUGGCUGGCCUUUACCGAGACCCAAAGCUAUUCACCACAUGAUCGAGGACUUCCUCACAGAGUGGGACAGUCCUGUGUCUCAUAUCCAGCCGCUGCGGCGUUUCCUGGAGCACUGUGUCCACACUGACCUCAGGGCCUUCUACGCGGAGUCAUGUUUCCGCUCCUCCCUCACCCACCGGAAGCCGCCGCUGUUUUGUCAGCACGGAUACUUGAAGCAGCAGGGCGUCGCUCACAACAGUCAGCUGUGGCAGCACAACCACGACGCCGGACUGAUGGCGGGCGAGCAGGACGCAGACAUAUCAGGGGCCGACCCCGCAUUCCCCAAAUACGUGGCACAAGCUGGAGCCUCUGUGUCUUCAGGGCUGAAACUCGACUUCUGAUUGUUAAAGUUAAGACUGUGAUGCUGUUCUGGUUCCUCAGACUUUCUACCUCCAGCACCCUUAAUUAGUCCCUCCACAAGACCAAAUAUUUGACAGAAUACCGUCCUACAGAUCAGGCUCCCAACGUUUUUGGAUUGUGAUCCCUUAAAGGAGCAGAGUGUAGGAUUUUAGAGGAUAAAUCGGCAGAAAUGGAAUAUAAGUGUUUUCUGCGCUUUUCUCACCUCAAAAUGAGCCGUUUAUAUCUACAUAGGAAGCAGGUCCCCAUCUAUGGAGAUCAUGGAUGUAUUAAUAAGAUAUGGAUACAGCACUGACGCGAAGCCGCGUUUAUUCGUUUGAGAGAUGCUCAAUAGGGCAUGAAGCAAAAAAAACGCAAUAUUAUUAAUAUAUAAAAUACCUGUAUCUUCCACGUUAUCAGUGAACAUUUAACUUCCGCCGGUGGAGCGACUGACUUCCGGUUUAGCACUUCGCUAAAGCUCAAAUGGCGACCUGAUUGUGGCCCUUUUAGACUUUCCAAAUACUAUCAAACUGAAUGGCUCAAAUCUAGAUAGUGAAAUGAGUCAUUUUUGGAGGUUUGACGCUCA